AUGGAUCGUGAAUCAGAGGGCCGAGAGGCCAAUAACUCAACCGAUAUUCGCACGUUGAGCAGGUCGAAUACAUUGCAAAGCGUAACUGUCCCCGAGACUGCUUAUCUUCAGGCCAUCGGUCACGGAGAUGGCGUCCCCGACGAAGAUUCUGUGGACGUUGAGCCCCUGAAUUUUCGGCUGGAUCUCAAAACAGCCGAUUUUUCGGUCUUGAAAGUGUUUGGAGAACGAUCACAAAUGCGGGUAGUGCGCCAUCGUGUUACAGGAAGCAUGAUGAUACAACGGAUCUACGACAUGGUGGAUCGGAAACAGCUGAUACGGGACUUUAGAGUGAUGUCUCAAUGUGUAUCAAAUCGUCUGGUAACAUUUCUGGGUGCAACUAAGGGGCUGAUUGACAGCCUUGGGGUAUAUAUGGAGUAUAUGGAACUGGGGUCGAUGUCAUUUCAGAGGAUAGUACAUCUCACCGGACCCAUCCCCGUGGAUAUUUUGGGGCAAGUCGCACUUGCCGUCACGGAAGGUUUGCUCUACUUACACGAGAAGGGUUUCAUCCACCGGGAUGUACGGACAUCCCGGAUCCUGGCUAAUCUUAAGGGUGACAUAAAGCUCGGUGGAUUCGGACUCUCCACCCUGCUUGAGGACGAAACCGGCUCGACCUUCUUACCAUCAUUCAAAGAAAAGUGCUUGUACGCAAGCCCAGAAAGGAUUCUCAACAAGUCUCACGGGCCUCCAAAUGAUGUUUGGAGCUUCGGAAUGUGCUUACUUGAGCUUGUUCAGGGCUUUCAUCCCCUCCAAAAGCUUAAUAUCGACCAGGUGGUAGUACGGGUUGCUCAUGGGCUGGCCCCGGAGGUAGCUGAAGACCAUGAUUGUCCGAAAGCACUUCGUGAUUUAAUCAAAAAGUGUCUUGUCUCUGAUUAUACUGAACGAUCAAGCCUGGAUGAAAUCUAUAAUAAUGACGCCUUCGUUACUUUAGCCAGAACCGCAGACGUGAAUGUUGGCGAGUGGACUGCCAAGAUAUUUCACAAAAUGGAAUCUGGACAAGCUGAUGAUGAGGGGUUCCCAACAUUGAGCAACGAAGUCAUCACACUACUCAAUCACUUGUCCUCUUUGGCUACUCCUGCUAGAGGUUCCUCAACUGAAAUUGACCCUCACCCCCUUUGUGCCGCUUGUGACAUGGCUGUGUCGAAUGCCGUUAACAAGCUUGGAGGCAAUAGCCAGCAUAUGCAAGAGGUUAAUGGUUCGAAGCUGCAGCCCGGGUGCCCUCUCUGUCAACUUAAACGUGAUUGCUGUCCUGAAGAGGACAAGGCUCGGCUGAUGAACACGAAGACGUCUUUCAAGGGCAUGCAGACAGCCAAGAAUUCUGCCUCCCUUGGCAGUUCAACAUUAUUCAUGGAUCAAUUGAGUGGAUCCAUGCAUGAAACUAUGAGGAACAUGGUUGAUCUAGAUAAUGAUAAGACGACUGGUUCUGACUGUGCCUUUCAAAUGGCAGCCGCUUGGUUGAAGACUUGUCUGAUUGAACAUACAGAAUGCAGGCUAGGCCAACUGAUCGGGUUAACUCGCUUGCCGAAGCGCAUCAUAGAUGUCGGGCCAGAAGACGGCUCAGAGGCGCCUAAAUUAUCUCCCGGAAAGGGCCGACGAGGCCUUUACUUGACUCUAAGCUACAGGUGGUCUGAGCAUACCAGCAAUUUCAUGACGACGAGGCGAAACCUCAAGCAGCACUACUCUGAAAUCCCAUCCCAGAAACUUUCGCAGACCAUAAGGGACGCGAUAACCAUUACCCGGAGGUGCGGGCUCCGGUACUUGUGGGUAGAUGCCCUGUGUAUCGUACAAGAUGAUAGAGACGAUUGGCAGGUCCAAACCGAGUCCAUGGCCUCCAUUUAUCAAAAUUCUCUGUUUACGAUAUCCGCAGCCGUAGGAGGAGCCGCUAUAUCCUGGGAUGGUUGUUUCAGACAAAGAAAGAGAGGUUCAGUAAGACCCGUCGACUGCCAACGUGUCUGGCCAGAUGGCUCGCCGGUGUAUGUAUUCGCUGAUCGCCUCGCCACUGGAGAUGGAAUUCGUCCAAAGAGCGUGCUUGACACGAGAGGUUGGAUUCUCCAGGAGCAAAUCCUGUCUCCUAGGAUACUGACCUACUCAGAGAAUGAAAUAUUCUGGGACUGUGCAUCACUGAAUGCUUCAGAGUCGUUCCCUUCUGGGAUUCCUACAUUCUAUGACUCGGACCUUAGCCAAAGGAAUCUGCGUCUCUUCAAGACCGCCCUCAGCAAGGAGAAAUCAUGGCAGUCCCCCAAAACAAAGAAGGAGUUGGUACGCGUGUACUGGAGAAAAGUUAUUGAGAACUACUCUGCCCGACAACUGUCUGUAGAGGCAGACAAGCUACUUGCCUUGUCUGGUAUUGCAAACAAGACGGUCAGUAUCAUCGGAGAUGAAUUGGUAUUUGGCAUGUGGAAGUCUUUCCUAUGGCGAGAGCUUCUCUGGUGGGUGAAAGAUCCGGACAACACUAUGCCCGGCCAGAUCUACAGUUCGGUCAGCUGGUCUUGGGCAUCUCUUCAUGGUGCUAUCUCGUUUGAACUAGCGCAUGAUUCAGAAGACUGCGUCGUGGACUCAUGCAUUGAGGUUCUAGACGUCAAUAUCUGGUCAAUUGAUUCAGAGGACUCGUCUGGCUCUGAUUCUCCAGCCCACCAUGAGUCAAUAAGAAGCGCUGAGCCUCUCAUUGGGGAGUUGACGCUCAGGGGUAGAUUGAUACCGCUGCUGCCUUAUCUAGCGGGGUUAGACGAUGAUGCCAACCAAAGCUCCUCCCCCAUCGUGCUCUCAAAGUGGCGAGAGGAUAUCGAGGGUAUUGACGCUGGCGGAGUGAAGUGUCUCGUCGUCGCGGCAUCGGCCUUUUACGUUUAUGGGGUGGCACUCUACCCCUAUCCUGAAGAUGAACAGGGACAGGGAGCAGUGGGCGAAUCAUCUGAUGUCACGUAUGGGCGGGUUGGGUUCGUACAAUGGAUUUUGUCUGACAUCAAGAAUUCCGACAACCUAUGGCGGGAAUUCGGCUGGGAUCGAUCUACACGAUGGUGGGCCGAUGAGUUUCCAUGGGACCAACAAUCUGUCAUAAUUCGAUAA